AUGGCCUCUUCUUCCUCCGCCGCCCUAUGCACAUCCUGCACCGAACCGCUUAUCAUCUCGGUCGAAGAUGAAGACACCCCCGACCAAGGCGCCGGCAUAAUCGACGACAUCGAGCUCCCCUGUGGCCACCACUACCACUGGUCCUGCUUCGCAGAAGAAUACACCAGCAGCAACUCCGCACGAAGCCAAUGCCCGUCUUGCAGCACCUCCACGCUCGACCCCGCGACUGGUAAACUCCUUGUGACCUACCGCAACGAGGGCGGUAUCCAGACCGGGCUUGACCUCGGCGCGCUCCUCGACGAGGAGGAGUUUUACGAUGAGAAUCCGGAGCUAAAGAAGGUUAGGGCCUUUUUAGAGUUCUGUGCUGAAGGUGAUGUGGAGAGCGUUCUGGAAAUGAUCGAGAUGGACGCAGAGCUGCUGGACGCACAGGACUUUGAGACUGGGCAGACGGGGCUGCAUGUCGCCGUGCAGAACCAGCGCGAGGAUGUGAUACAGCUGCUGCUGGAGAAGGGUGCUGACCGAGCGGUGCUAGACAACGCCGGGAGGAACUACUACCAGUUGGCAGUAGAGCUGGGUGCAGAUGAGGUCCAGCUGCAGAGGUUAAAGGGUAGGUAA